GAGCUUCAAUUAGAACCCCUGUCCGCUGCCCCCAAUAGAAGCCGCCCCCCGAAACUCGCCGAAAAGACCGAUUUCCACCGCCGCAACACAACAAACCUUUUGUUUACAUCGUAGAAUGGUAGAAGGUGAACCACAAUCAAAUCAAAAACAAGACUCUGAUGUAAAAGUCGAGCGCUUUGCAAACGGCACCGGAUCAAAAGAUCUCGAACUUGGAAACUUCGGUACCGUUAAACCAGUAAAAGUUGUACCGGACGAUAAAUGCAGCGAUAAAGCUGAUUUCGAACAAGCUAUAGAAUUAACUAAAUAUGGCAAAUUUCAUUUCCUUUUACUAGCAGUAUGCGGUUUUGUAAGCACCUCCGAGGAGAUGGACGUCAUCUCGAUGUCGUUCAUUCUCCCAUCGGCUCAAUGCGACUUAAAUCUGAAUACGCAAACGAAAGGCUGGCUCAACUCCAUCAUCUUCAUCGGUAUGAUGGCAGGAGCCUACGUUUGGGGUUCAGUGGCCGAUUCGUUGGGCCGUAAGAAGGUGCUUAUCGUGAGUUCCUUCAUGAACGCGAUAUGUAUAGUAGCUUCUAGCUUCUGUCAAACAUAUCAGCUGUUCAUGCUCUUCAGAUUUCUAAACGGGGCGGCGUUAGGGGGCAGCGGACCAGUAAUCUGGUCAUACUUUGCGGAAUUCCAACCUAAGUCUAAAAGAGGUUCUAUGCUUUCGUUUAUGGCAGCUUUCUGGACUUUGGGUAACUUAUUCGUUGCUGGUUUGGCAUGGUUGAUCAUCCCAGCUGAAAUCGGCUUCGAAACCAAAUACUUCGUGUACAACUCCUGGAGAAUAUUUUUACUGAUAUGUGCAAUACCUUCUUUCAUCGUGGCUGCUUUACUUUGUUUCUUACCAGAGAGUCCUAAAUUUUUACUUUCGCAAGGAAAAAGUGAAGAAGCCCUUGCUAUCUUCAAGUACAUCUACCACGUAAAUACCGGCAAUGACGCCGAAGAUUUUCCAGUCAAGCAUCUCAUUUUCGAACAAGAAGAACUUACAAUCGAAGAAAAAGAAAAAAUUGCCAAGCGUGGAAAGUACACGAACAUGCUUGUUGAUAUCUUAGAUAAUAGCAAGCAGUUAUUCGUUUCACCAAUUCUUAAAUUUACUCUCAUCUCAGUUACGAUCAACUUUACCUUCCAUAUUGGGUAUUACGGUCUUAUGAUGUGGUUUCCAGAAUUGUUCAACAGAUUCGAUGAAUUUUCCAAAAUGCACAAUGGCGCUGAGGCUGGAGUGUGUGAAGUAACUGACUACGUGGUUAAUAUGGGAAGCCAUAGCGAUGGAUUCAAAUGUAACGAUAAAAUUUCAUCGUCGGUAUUUAUGGAGUCGUUAAUAACAGUAUCUGCUGCAUUACCGAGUAACAUUAUAGCUGUUCUGGGCAUGGACAGAUUGGGCAGAAAAUUCUUCUUAGUUUUCAGUACAGUCUCGUCAGGUUUAUGUUCAGCAUGCAUGUAUUUCGUCUACAACAAAACUCACAACUUGAUCGUUUCUGCAGUAUUCAGUAGUGUAAUUUCAUGCGGUAACGCAGCGUUGGAUUCGCUCAUCACUGAAAUAUUCCCAACUCAUCUCAGGGCCACGGGUAUCGCCGUUUCUAUGGUAGCUGCUCGGUUAGGUGGUAUUAUCGGUAACAUAGUAAUAGCUCAACUUCUUGAUGUGUACUGCCCAGCUCCAACAUUCAUCGUUACUGGUUUGUUGAUUGGUGGGGGUCUCCUUUGUCUCUUCCUUCCAAAUACCACACAAAAACCACUUCAAUAGAACCACAGACUUGUUGUAUCCUUACCUCAAAUCAGAUUGUUUUCGAACUUUUUAUUUAACUGAUAUUUUAUUGCCAUUUUACAAUGUUACCCGUUAGAUGCUAUUUAUUUUUUACGAAUCAUUUGGUUUAUUUACCGAUAGAUAGGGUAAUAUAAAUAGCUUCUAACAAGAAAUUGUAGAUAAAAUGUAAUUUCAUAAAAUUAGUAUUAGUAACGUAAGCAAAAUGUAGUCUAGUUCUUAGAGUUUAUACAUUUUCAACAUGUAUUAUAUAUAUUACUAGAUAUAAACGUAAAUCUUAUUCAUGCAAAAA